GGCGCGCGCGCGCACCGGGAGCGCGCUCGGAGGCGAGUGGAACUGGAUCGGGUUUGCUGCCAGCGGCGUGAGCUUCGGCCGCCAUUUUACAACAGCUCCACUCGCGCCGGACACAGGGAGCGGCGAGCACGCGUUUCCCGCAACCCGAUCCCCUCGGACAGGAUUCCUCGACCGCAGCCCAACGGGGAGAUCUCUGGAAACAUGGCUACAGAACAUGUUAAUGGAAAUGGUACUGAAGAGCCCAUGGAUACUACUUCUGCAGUUAUCCAUUCAGAAAAUUUUCAGACAUUGCUUGAUGCUGGUUUACCACAGAAAGUUGCUGAAAAGCUAGAUGAAAUUUACGUUGCAGGCCUAGUUGCACAUAGUGAUUUAGAUGAAAGAGCUAUCGAAGCUUUAAAAGAAUUCAAUGAAGACGGUGCAUUGGCAGUACUUCAGCAGUUUAAAGACAGUGAUCUCUCUCAUGUGCAGAACAAAAGUGCCUUUUUAUGUGGAGUCAUGAAGACUUACAGGCAGAGAGAAAAACAGGGGACCAAAGUAGCAGACUCAAGUAAAGGACCAGAUGAGGCAAAAAUUAAGGCACUCUUGGAAAGAACAGGCUACACACUUGAUGUGACCACUGGACAGAGGAAGUAUGGGGGACCGCCUCCAGAUUCCGUUUAUUCAGGUCAGCAGCCUUCUGUUGGCACUGAGAUAUUUGUGGGGAAGAUCCCAAGAGAUCUGUUUGAGGAUGAGCUUGUUCCUUUGUUUGAGAAAGCUGGACCCAUAUGGGAUCUCCGUCUGAUGAUGGAUCCACUCACUGGUCUCAACAGAGGUUACGCGUUUGUCACUUUUUGUACAAAAGAAGCAGCUCAGGAGGCUGUUAAACUGUAUAAUAAUCAUGAAAUUCGUUCUGGAAAACAUAUUGGUGUCUGCAUCUCGGUUGCCAACAAUAGGCUUUUUGUGGGUUCUAUUCCUAAGAGUAAAACCAAGGAACAGAUUCUUGAAGAAUUUAGCAAAGUAACAGAGGGUCUUACAGACGUCAUUUUAUACCACCAACCAGACGAUAAGAAAAAAAACAGAGGUUUUUGCUUUCUUGAGUAUGAAGAUCACAAAACAGCCGCCCAGGCACGGCGUAGAUUAAUGAGUGGUAAAGUUAAGGUCUGGGGAAAUGUUGGAACUGUUGAAUGGGCUGACCCUAUAGAAGAUCCCGAUCCUGAGGUUAUGGCAAAGGUCAAAGUGCUUUUUGUACGGAACCUUGCCAAUACUGUAACAGAAGAGAUUUUAGAAAAGGCAUUUAGUCAGUUUGGGAAACUGGAACGAGUAAAGAAAUUAAAAGAUUAUGCUUUUAUUCAUUUUGAUGAACGAGAUGGUGCUGUCAAGGCUAUGGAAGAAAUGAAUGGCAAAGAGUUGGAGGGAGAAAAUAUUGAAAUUGUUUUUGCUAAGCCACCAGAUCAGAAAAGGAAAGAAAGAAAAGCUCAGAGGCAAGCAGCGAAGAAUCAAAUGUAUGAUGAUUACUACUAUUAUGGUCCACCUCAUAUGCCCCCUCCAACAAGAGGUCGAGGGCGUGGAGGUAGAGGUGGUUAUGGAUAUCCUCCAGAUUAUUAUGGAUAUGAAGAUUAUUAUGAUUAUUAUGGUUAUGAUUACCAUAACUAUCGUGGUGGAUAUGAAGAUCCAUACUAUGGUUAUGAAGAUUUCCAAGUUGGAGCUAGAGGAAGGGGUGGUAGAGGAGCAAGGGGUGCUGCUCCAUCCAGAGGUCGUGGGGCUGCUCCUCCCCGUGGUAGAGCCGGUUAUUCACAGAGAGGAGGUCCUGGAUCAGCAAGAGGCGUUCGUGGUGCGAGAGGAGGUGCCCAACAACAAAGAGGCCGCGGGCAGGGAAAAGGGGUCGAGGCCGGUCCUGACCUGUUACAAUGAAGACUGACUUGCUAUGUGGGAUUACACCAGAAGCUUGCAGUGGAGUAAUGGUAAGGAAAUCAAGCAACCUUAAAUAUCUCGGCUGUGUAGGAGCAUAUUCUAUUACAGAAGACCUUCCUAUGAAGAUCAUGGAUUCAAAUACGGGACAUUGAACUAAUACUUGGACUUUGAUAUGAAUUUCUUUAACAAUUUUCUCUGCAGUGCAAGUUAUUAAACUAAAGCUACUCUAUUUUCCAAAUGUGUUCCAACAGAAAUCCUUCAUAACUUCUAGCAUGGUAUCUUAAUAAAGUUCUUCUCUUUAAAAAAUCUGCUCUAAGUAGAUUUUUCCCCUGUUUUUUGAAAUUAAGGAUUCCAGCAGUGGUAUUCUGAAAUAUUAUCUUGAAUUUGUGCAUUUAAAUUUUAUUGCAGUGGUAUAGAUGAAUUCCACUGUUGGUAUCCUUAACUUUUAUUUCUGCUCACCAAGGUUAAUCAUGAUUGUCUAUCCUUUUUAUAGUAAUAAUCACUUUUGAAUUGUGUUCAGAUAUGCAGUUUCAGGUGUAAUCAUCAGAGCUGGUUAGUCAGGCAUUCCAGAUAGUGGUUCUUUUCAGAACCUUUUUUAAAGGGUUGGUUAACUACCUCAGUAGCAGAGGAUUGAACUAUACCCUGUCUGUACUGUACAUAGAAAAUCUUUGUAGAUAAAAGCAAGGCUUGUUAAAUAUGAUAUGAGGGUAAGAUUUUAAUAUACCAAAUGUAACAUUCUUAGUUGCCUUUAGUUUCAGAGGCUUGUAAGACUUCCUCAUGACCAUCAUAACAGGCCUUGCUUUUGUCGUAUUUUGUGGCUGAAAAAGCAGCCUUGCUUCUUCAGAUAUUGUAGUUAUUUGGAUGUAUAAUAGUUUAGCAAGAUGUUACUUUUGUAAGACAUCAGAUGUUCAAAAAAAGUGCAUCCGAACUUGUACUAAAUACUGCAGUGUCCCUUUAUAAAAAGUCAGACUAAAACUGACAAUUGUACAGCAAAGCCUGACAUUUGGAUAUUUUGAAGUUUUUUCAUAAAUCAUAGAAAUUAGUAUAUGGCUGUAGUUUAGCUUUUUAGGUAAAAGGUAUGUUUCAUUAGUGCAUUUCUUACUGCUGAUCACUGUAAAGAUGUGAAUCAGCUUUCCAUUUCUUAUGCAGGUCAUGAUAACUUGUAGAGUAGAGUACAAUCAUUUGUGCUAUGUUUUUAAUUUUCUAAAGCACCUUGAUGACAGUGAGUGUUCAGUGGUGAAGCAUCCUCUUAUUGAAUCACCCACAGAGAAAUUUUUUGCCAAGUCCUAACUUGAUAGCUUAAAGUUAAAAGUAAAAUUAUGGUUUAGUUAGGACUUGGAAUAAAGAAAUCCCAUCUCCCCCUCUCCAAAGGGAUACUGCAGUUAUAUCAUAAACCCAAUAGGCACCACAAUGAAGAUCAGAGCUUAUACUUAAUUAAGGUUUUAUACACACCAGUUCCCCAGUAAAUGCAAAUUUAACAAAAUUAGACAUGUCAUAUGUUUAAAAUGCUCAUGGCAAACAAUCAUUUUGCAUUCCUGCAAAUAAAAUUGUUUUAUACUGUAAGCUGGAGGCGAGUGUAACUUAUUUUUGUAAUAAAGUUUUUAUUUUUUUUAUGUGUCAUUAAUAUAAAUGUGUGUUAGUAUAGAAAUCUUCCUGGUUUAAAAACUUAGAAUUGCACACAUUUCAGUAUGUUUAUUUGUACUUAACAUAAUUUUUAGAAUAGUGGUUGCCAAUAGCCUGUAUGUUUCACAUUAAUUGGUUUUUUGUUAUCUUAAUAAACCAUUUUAGUAUGUUGUAUGUCAGUUACUGGGAUAGCUGGGACAUAGAGUGUAAUUUAAAAAUUUGUCAAUAAGUAUUCAUUGGAAUAUAUGUAAAUGUGCCUUGCCGGUUGUUGAAACUUAUCUACAAAAUGACUAUGGGGUGACAAAAUUAGUUCCUGGUGCUUAAUGAAACUUUCUGCCACUGAUUUUAUAUAUUACCCCGUGCUUUUUUAAAGUACAUUUCUCUCAAAUCUAGUGUGAGUUUGAGGGCUACACAAAACAUGUACAUUUCAUUCUAGCUAAUGAGUAUGCUAGGUUGUGGAAAGUGGGUAAAUCAUGUAGCCUUCAGUAAAAUUCAAUCUCAGUGUAAUCCUUGGUACUGUCAUCUUCCAGGUCCAAGGAGUUAUAUGAUCCCAUCUUAAGAGGUCAUUGCCAUGCCAAUUGGCACUUUACUGUCAUACCAUUUUUUAAGGGACACUGUCAAGGUGUUGAAGUUAAUUCUCAGAUUUAUUUGUUGGGAUUUUAGAACAGGAUUGUUUGACUUAAACUAAGAACUGCAUUUUUGAAGUUUAAAGAUGAGCACUUUUGUGAGUUCACAAAUGUGUUCUUUUAGAAAACUAUAUGAAGCUGUGAUCUUCUAAGACUAUUUGGCAUUUUUAGUUUGGGGACUUUGGAGGGAAAAAUGAUGUAAAGAAAUUGUGAAGAAUUGAUGGUUAUACUUAAGGGUAAUGUAAACAGUGAUGACAAAAUAUGUAUACACUCAAGUGAAAUUACUUGACAGUGUUCAUUUGAAUAACUUUGAAUUCAAGCCAUUAUAAUUACUUUUAAAAUUAAAUAUAAUUUGCACUGUUCUGAUAAUGGGUGCAGUUUUUGAGCAAUAUAAUCAGCUAAGUAUGCAUGUAGUGAUUAGUGAUGUGGACAAUUAAGUUCUGAGAAGAAAUACUAACAGGCAUUUUCAAACUUAAAAUUCUAUAGUAAAAUCAGUAUCAAACUGUUAACAGACAUCAAGGAAAACAGGCAAUGCAUAUAAACAUACCUUUGAAUGUUGUGUGGCCUAUAAAGCAAUAAUGCAAUUUAUAUGGAAUGUCAUGGGAUAUAAGAAAUGGAAAUGCAAAGAAAGAUAAUCCUUUAGUAAAAAUGUCAACAUGUUAAAGGGGGAAUGUUAACUAAUGUAGGUUAUUGCUAUUUGUGAUUUGUUUAUGGGUUCUUGGCUUUGACAGCUUCAAAGAAUGGACACAUACAGAGUAAAAAAAUUUGUAUAUAUUUUCAAGGAAAGGGUCCUAAAUCCAAGUCCCUUCCUUGGGAUGUAAAAAUGUAUUCUUAAAACAUUUUGAUUGUUAAAACUUAAAGUUACUUAACCCAGACAGACACAAGAUUUUGUUUCUGCAGACUACUUGGCAAUCAAAAGUGAUCAUAAAUUUAUCAGUUUUCAAAAAGUCAUUUUUGUGAGAAGAUUGUGUUGUCUGUAUUCUAAGGAUGCUUUUUUGGAAGAUGUUCAGCUUUUUCUACAGGAGCAGAUGUUAAAAAUGGAGGGAGAAUUCAGCACAAAAAGAUCUGUCAUACAUUCAUGGUGACGUUUGUAACAUGAGAAACUUCUUACUGAUUGCAGCGAAUUUCACUUAACAAUAUAAACAUUUUUGUCAAAAUAUGAAAAAAGAAAACUAUUAUGUGGGUGAUCCAGCUCAUUCAUUUGUAAGAUAAUCAGAAAUGGUGAACAUCGAGCUAGAUGGGGCAAAAUAGAUGAAAUCAGUAUAACUUAAUUCAGUAACUCAGAAAUUGUUAGUCAAAAACAUAGCAAAAGGUCACCAUGUAAUUGUUGAAAGGGAGAACAUGUAGCCUUUAAUAGGAGAAAAUGGAAAGUAGAAAGGCUUCAUCCAUUCAGAAGGGAGCUAAUCCUACAAUAAGUGAUUGUUCCAAUCAUAGCACUCAAUAGGACAUACCACUACUUAAUACGUUUGAACCAGUUCUCACAUUUUUACCUGGGCAAAUUAGUAGAUGGACUUUUCAGUCUAUCUUUUUUAAAUAAAAGAUACUUAAAGACACAAAUUGUGUUAGCACCACAGUCUGCCUUCAGUAAUAUGCUUAAAAAAUUUUUGAGGACCAGAGCAUUGAGUUGGAUAAACAACCUUUUUUCAAAUGUGAAUCAGUAUUACUAACACUGGGUCAAAAAUUAGGUUUAAUAUUAGCAGUCUGGUAAACAUUUCAGAAAAAGUCUGACAAUGAGAAACAAAAGCUUGUUACCUGACUAGUAUUUUUGUUUAAAAAAUUAGUUGUCUUAGCUUAUUUAAAUUGUCUUUUUAUUUAUCCAUUAAAUUUAUAUUUAUUUCUUUCAUCUCACUGAAAACUGUCUGCAGGCCCUUUGUUUGGAUUAGAUUGGUGAAGUACUGUCUUUUGCCAAAAACCUCAAAUUAACUGUUCUUUUAAACAUAGUGGGUUUUGUGCUUGUUCGGAGAUCAGUUCAAAAACUAUCUGUACUAUCUGUACUGCCUCUGAUGUUGAUUUUAUGUAUAGCAUAAGGAAGCUAGCUCUGACUAUAUUUUCCUAAGAAUAAAGACCUAUUUUUGUAGCAUG